AUGACUGGAAGACCUCGUCAAGUAUGCGACAACUGUCGGUUCCGCAAGGUCAAGUGCGACCGCGGCCUGCCAUGCAAGAACUGCAGCCUCGGAGAUUUGCGCUGUCAGUAUCGACAUCAUAUUCGGCGGAGGGGACCGAAGGAAGGCCAAGGUCGGCGACAGGCGCAGCUUAGACAGGGGCUGGCUUUUGAGCAGAGCCCCUUUCGGAUUGUUUCUCCGGAAUCGCUCCGAGUUGUGAGCAGUGACGAUGGACAACAGGUUGAGCAGUCACAGCUGUCGACACCAUCUCAGAGCCCCGAAGCUGUGAUGCUGGUUGAGUUCUCCCUGUCGCUUGUUGCUCACAUACAGCUGUUUCUCAAACUCAUGUUUCCAAUAAUGCCCGUCAUCGAUGGAGACGAACUUCUCUCAGAUGCGACUCGACUAGACCAAUUACCACCACCACGAUAUGCAUUGGUCCUCGCUCUUUGCGCCGCAACACGAAUGCAAUUGGCCAUAGACAAGGCGAAAGAUGGCUACGGAAGAGGACUAGAGGAAAACAUCCCACCGGAGCCACACCUUACUGGAGAAUCGCUACUCGCAAUCGCUGAGCAUGCACUCCGACAAGUCAGUGUUAUCGACGACACCAGCCUCGAUUCCAUUUUGGCUUCAUUCUUUUUAUUCGCGUGCUACGAAAACCACUACAGUAUUCGACAUGCUUGGUUCUAUCUCAACCAGAGCAUCACUCUCGCUCAGUCACUUAAUCUCACCCGCGAAGCCGGUUAUCAAGACUUAUCUCCAGCGGAUCGGGAGAAGAGGCGACGGUUAUUCUGGCUUCUAUUUGUGACAGAAAGGACAUUCGCCCUCCAACAUCGGAGAUCAGUCAUGCUACGAAGCUACAUCACAAAACCUCAAGUGAUUGACUCGGAAUGUCCCGUCGUGAUGCACGACUUCCUUAACCACAUCCGCCUCUUUGAAUCAUUACCCUGGUCUCUCUAUGAAUGGCACCCAGACAAUGAAGAUCACCAACCCAAAGACUUACAGCUUGUCCCCAGUAUCAACAACAAGCUCUGUACAGUUCAGCCGAACGAAUCGGUGAUUGAGAGUCAACGGUUCGAUACGCUCAUUACACAGCAAUGGCUUCGAAUAUCCAUGUGGCGUCUGGCUUUUGGUAACAAGCCUUCUUCGGCAUGCAAGUUUGGACUCUUGCUGCCAGUUGGUUUGCCGUUUGAUGCCGGAAAGAUCAUAUUACCAGCCCUGCGUUCCGUGGGGGCCAAGUCAAAAAACUGUCAUGGGAUUGGAAUGGAGCAAAAACUAUACGACGUGGGUGUCAGUUUGGCUGACAGCGCCCGGUUUCCCGGCUGGAGCAAUUCCUCCUUCGAAGUAGGCCCUCGGGAUUUAUUAAGCGCCGUUGUAGAGGCACUCACCACAGUUCGAGGGCAGCAAUCUCAUUUUCUCCCCAAGCUAUUAAAACACUCUGAAGGGCUCUUGGCAACCCCAGAUCCAUCCGCUGGUGUUGACAUGCAGUUUACGCAACCGCAAAACCAGGAAGAAAACACAGCUGCAGAGGAGGCGGUUGUGCAGGAAGACGAGCCAAUAGAUCCCUUGAGUUGGAUAUCGAGCGACGACUUUGGCCUGUUGGAUAUGAGCACACCCACGGCAACUUCGACGUGGGAAGAUCCGGCGCUGCUUGGUGAACUGUUCGACCCGAAUACUGGUUUAUCUUUUGGAUAA